UCCUUUGUCAUCGACCACGCAUCUCUUUUGUCGUCAUCAUCUUCAUUAUCCAUCUCCCUGGUAAUAAAUUCUCCUCUUCUAUGCUUGUGCUUUACUAGAGAAAUUACCGAUGGCCCCUCGUCUUCUAGCUGGCUCUCUUCUUACUUUCUGCCUAUUAGCAGAGUCUUGUUAUGGAACUGUUCUUUUCUCCACGCUUCAACCAACUCUCGUCGUCAGUGCUUCACCUAAAGAAGGAGAAGUGUUGAGAGCCGGAGACGACAAAAUAACGGUGACGUGGGGAAUGAAUCAGAGCUUCCCCGUCGGGACCGACGAGGCGUACAAGCAGGUGAAGGUUAAGCUGUGUUACGCACCCAUCAGCCAACAAGACCGUGCGUGGAGGAAAACCAACGAUGACCUGAGCAAAGACAAGACCUGCCAAUUCCAAAUCAUUGUCAGACCUUACAACUCAUCGUCCCAGCAGAGCUUCGAUUGGAUGAUCGAGAGAGACGUUCCCACGGCGACAUACUUCGUGAGGGCUUACGCUUACAAUUCGGACGGCCGGGAGGUGGCCUUUGGCCAAUCCACGGACGGUCAGAAGAAGACCAACCUGUUUGACAUCCAAGGGAUCAGCGGACGCCACGCGUCCCUCGAUGUCGCCGCUGGUUGUUUCUCUGCUUUCUCCGUGCUCUCCUUGUUUGGGUUUCUCUUCCUUGAAAAGAGGAAGGCCAAGACGUCCCAAAAGAGCUGAGCUCCACUGAGUGAGUGCCCAGCGAUGACCAUUGACGAGCAUCUCCCAAAUAUUUGUUUGUAUAUAUGUCUAAUUGGUCAUGGUUAAAGGUGGUUGUUUCUUUCCUUUCGCUGUUAUUAGGGUUUCAUUUAUAAAGUGAUACAUGCAUUUGGUCAGCUUUUUCCUGAAUUUUCAAGGUUUGUGUUGUUAAGUAUGAAUUAAUGAGAUACAAGUAUGAAACAUUUUGGAAAUCGAAAAGGAAUUAAAA